AUGGAGGUUGCGAAUGGAAGCUCGGCGGCUCAGGGCCAGGAUGGUACGGCAGGCCAAGCUGAAGGAUACAAGCUCAAAUUCUGCACCGUCUGCGCGAGCAACAACAACAGAUCCAUGGAAGCCCAUCUCCAACUUUCGCUGGCAAAAUACCCUGUCAUCUCAUUCGGGACCGGGUCUCUCGUGCGCCUACCCGGCCCGACCAUCACCCAACCCAACGUUUACCAUUUCAACAAAACUUCGUAUGACAGCAUGUACAAGGAGCUUGAGGCCAAGGAUUAUCGGCUUUACAAGAAUAACGGAAUCCUGAACAUGCUGGGCAGGAACCGUGGUGUCAAAUGGGGACCAGAGCGGUGGCAAGACUGGCAAGUUGGUGUGCCUCGCCUCCAGCAUUCCAAAGACAGCGGCAGUGAAGGCACCGAGGGCGGCCUGGUUGACGUAGUCAUCACCUGCGAGGAACGAUGCUGGGAUGCUGUCAUUGAUGACUUGCUCAACCGAGGCUCACCGCUCAACCGACCAGUGCAUGUCAUCAACGUCGAAAUCAAAGAUAAUCACGAAGAAGCUGCCAUCGGUGGGCAAGGCAUUUUGGAUCUCGCCAAUUCCCUCAAUGCCGCCGCAGCAGAAGAGCGAGACGCUGUAGGUGCGACCACAUUCGACAUUGGCAGUGCGGCAAGCAGGGCCACGUUUGAUGAGCGAGUGCCAGAUGUUCUGGCAUCCUGGCAAGAAAGAUGGCCCAACCUGCCAGCAACUUGGACUGUAGCUUGGUUUUAA